GUUAUUUUAAUCUUAAAGAGGUCAACCAGCUCGUUGGAGGCUGUUUGCACGGCCGUAGCGGUACUAUGGUUCCCACCGUCCACUCCAGUGAUGAAAUCGACAUCCAACAGGGGUGUACACAAACUGUGUACACAUUAAAAAAAAAAAAGCCAGGAAACUAUGAUCACACCAUCAAAGCAAAGUGCGUUCAUCACCCGCCACCUUACGAGCGUUCAAACGGGAAUCGUCUCUCCAUCCUCACCCUGACUCGACUGUACCAUAGAGAUUAUUUCAGUAGACGUCACGUCUAUCUGCAUAGGGGAAUGAAAUGCAAUAAACCUGCGAGGUUUGGUGGUGGAAAAUAAUGCCCCACUGUCCAAGCUCUCCGGGAAAUGGCGCACACCUCAAAACCAACAUGGAAGGUAUAUUUAUUUAUCUGUAUGCCACUGCCACCGCCACUGUCAAAGCGACGAUGAUGAUGCUCGUAUCUUAAGGGGGGUGGAUGGUGGUGGUGGGGUGGGUGAUGGAGGGGGUAGGGGAGGUUGGAAAACAACAGAAAAAAAAAAUAUGAGCCACAUCUGGUUGGCAAACUGUCUUAAGAUGGAUGCAGAGGCGGCGCGCGUAAAAAAAUGACAAGCCGGAGUAGAAUGUUACUAGCCUCCGCGGUGGUGGUAUGGGAAUGGCUGAACGAGCACGGACGCUGGCGGCCCUACAGCCCGGCCGUCUCUCACCACAUCGAGGCGGUCAUCCGCUGCGACCCGCGCACCGCUAGUGUGGUUUUGGGCCAGGUGGACCCGCGCCUAGCGCCCUACAUCAUCGACGUGCAUUCCAUGCACCAGUUCCGUCAAGACACAGGUACCCUUCGACCGGUACGCCGCAGCUUCUACGACCCGGCCUCGGCCCCGGGCCAGGGCUGGCAGUGGGAGUGGGAGAACGACGCGGGCAGCUGGACGGCCUACGACACGGAGGUGGGCAUCGCCAUCCAGGCGGCCCGCGACCGGCAGCAGCCCUGGCUGGACCUGGCGCCGCUGGGCUUCUGCUACCUCAUUGACUUCCAGAGCAUGACGCAGAUCAACGGGCAGACGCAGCGCUGCCGCCGCGUCCAGCGCCGCUCGGACCUGGCCUACCCGCUGGUGUCGGGGCCCCUGCCCAAGUCCCAGCCCGCCUGGGGCGGCGGCGGCGGCUCGGCGGGACUCAUGGGGAUCGGGGCGGGCGGGGGGAUGGGAGGAGGAGGAGGAGGAGGGGGGAUGGGCCCGGGCACCGGCAACGGGAGCGCCUACCCGAGCGGCGCGCUGCCGGCCUCGGCCAUCACCUCGCUGGGACAGCCGUGCGCCUGCCAGCAGUGCAUGCUGGUCCUCAGCGUCAAGGCGGGCGCCAUGUCGGCCGUCCACACGCUGGGGCGCCGGCCGCUGCCCAGCAAGCCCCCCAGCCCCAAGCUGGGCGGCUACAUGUUCCAGGGGGGCUCGUACUCCCUGACCCUGCCCCGGCCCCCCUCACUGACGCGCACGCUCUCCCCGCACAGGACAUCCAUCAUCGGGGCCAUGGGGGGGGGCGGGGGGGGAGGCGGCGCUGGCGGCGGCGGGGGGGGCGGGGGCCCCUUCGGACACUCCCUCUCCUUCCUGGGCUCGGCCACGGCCGCCCUCUCGCUCUCCUCCACGCGGCCCCCGCCCCCGCCCCUCCCGCCGCCCCCGCCCCCGCCGCCGCCGCCCUCCCACCCGCCCUCCAUCUCCCUCUCGGCCUCCCUGGCCCCCCCGCACGCCUCCGGCGUCUCGGCCGUGACCACGGCGGCGUCCAUGCAGACGCUGCCCCUCAUCUCCACGGGGGCGUCCAGCUGUGCGCCCUCCCCCUCCGCCCGCGUCCUGGGCCCGGUGGCGUCGUCCGCGGCGGGGGGGGCGGCGGCCUGCGCGGCCCCCCUGCCCCCCCGGGCCAGCCUGGCGGGGCUCAGCCGACCCGCCCUGCAGCGCAUCGCCAUGGCCCAGUCCCGGGCCCUCAUCGCCUCCGGGGUUCCGACGGUACCGGUGAAGAACCUGAACGGGUCCAGCCCUGUUCAUCCGGCACUGGCAGGUAUUACAGGUAUCCUGAUGAGUGCGGCAGGACUUCCUGUCUGCUUGACCCGCCCCCCCAAGCUGGUGCUCCACCCUCCUCCGGUCAGCAAGAGUGACAUCAAACCCGUGCCGGGGCUUGGCCACUGCUGCCGCAAGACCACCAAGAAACAGGCCCGCAAAGGCAAGACCCCCGAGGAGGUGGUGAAGAGGUACCUGCAGAAGGUCCGCAACCCCCCUGAGGAGGUGAGGACCCGAGCCGCCGAUGACGUCCUUUUCAGAUGUCUUUGAGAUCAUUUUGAUUAGUGCCAUGGAUAUUGUUAACAUUGCCAUACUACUACCA